UCUCUCAAUUAUAAAAGCCUCCAACCCGUUCGUUAUUCCGUCCUCUCAUUCAGCCUUUCGCCACUGCCAACAUCUCGACUCUCUCUCCGUCUCCGAUUCGCCAUUGCCAACAAGCUACUGACACAUCUGAAAAAAUCAAUCUCUCAUCUUUUUGAUUUAGAAAUCAAAGGAAAACAUAUUCAUAGACAGAUAAAUGGCUCCAGAGCAGUACUUUGAGGAGGCCUUGUCUCAAAAUGACUCAUUUGGAGAGGAUAAGCCUUCCCUCGAGAAGUGGAAGUCUGUCUCUGAUGCACUCGCAUAUGCUGAAAAUAAUACCUCGGAUGGCUUUGAUUGCAACAUCUGUCUAGAGACUGUGCAAGAUCCAGUGGUGACACUCUGUGGUCACCUGUACUGCUGGCCCUGCAUUUACAAAUGGCUUCAUUUCCAGAGCGAAUGUUGUGAAGACCAACAGCAGCAACAGCAACAAUGCCCUGUAUGCAAAGCUGAGAUUUCCCAAACAUCCCUAGUCCCACUCUAUGGCAAGGGCCAAACUACAAAACGUUCUAAAGGCAAAGCCCCUAGUCUUGGGAUAGUCAUACCUCGAAGACCUCUUGGUCCUCCCAGUGGGUUUGACACACCAAGAUCAACUGGCACAUACCAAGCUCAGCAAUUUUCCCAGGAAAAUUAUUCGUAUCAAGCACAACAAUACCACCCCAACUCAGGCCAUUACAAUACUAUUUCGAUGCUCAGCCCAGCCGAUGCAGGUGUGUUUGGAGAAAUGGUGUAUGCAAGGGUGUUUAAAAACACCCUAACAAAUGUAUAUACAUAUCCAAAUUCAUACCAUCUUUCAGGGAGCAGCAGUCCAAGAGUCAGACGGCGUGUAAUGCAGGCUUCUAAGUCGCUCAACAGAAUCUGUUUUUUCCUCUUCUGUUUCUCCAUCUUGUGUCUUCUUUCGUUCUGAAUCUCUGUUCCUAUUGUACACCGUUAAAAAGAUUAUGAGUUUUCGAGAUGAUGGAUAUUUAAUUUCCAGGGCUGUGAUUGUAUGUAAUUAUUAUUAUUUUUCACAACUACGGCUAUAUGUAAGAGAAGAAUCUUUUUACAAUACUUUUGUGAGCACUACUUUAAAUUAAUGUUAUUUAUGUAGAACUUGAAAUUUAAAA